AUGUCGCGAGAAAUGGGCAUUAAUGAGAGCUCGCUGAGGAGAAUAAUAUGCAAGCUAGGAUUGAAGGCGUACAAGAAAAAUAAGUGUCAAAAACUCACCGAUGUUCAGAAAGAAAAGAGCAAGGAACGAUCAAGGGAGCUGUUCAGGAGAUUUGGGAAUGGACGACAUUUAAGGACUCUCUUCACGGAUGAGAAGUUGUUCACAGUAGAAAAGGUGGUCAACAGGCAGAACGACCGCGUCUAUGCUGUUUCGAACCCGCACGCAACAGUAGGCCGCUCUUCCCAUCUUGGUUCUGUCAUGGUUUUUGCUGGAAUCACGACUGAUGGCAAGACACCGCUGUGGUUCGUUCCCGAAGGGACUAAAGCGAGUAGCCGAAACCAUCUGGAACUUUUGGAGGAUAAAUUGCUCCCCUGGGCCAAUUCUCACUUUGGGAACCGCUUCUGGACCUUCCAGCAGGAUGGAGCUCCCGCUCGCAGGUCGACAACGGUGCAACAGUGGUGCAAGGAAAACUUCCCCGACGUGAUCGCCUUUAACGAGUGGCCGGCUUACUCUCCGGACCUAAACCCUAUGGACUACAAUUUGGAACGACUUCGUUACACUGUGAGCAAACAUGCUUUCCAUCAGGUUCGUUUGGAUCGAGCUGUCUUAGAGAGGAGAAGAACAAUUGUUUCUGAGCACCAGAGAGAUAAACAGGAACCAUUGCCAAAUCGCCAGGUUUACCCGGCUUACCGUACUUCGAAAGAAUCUUAA